AUGCAAAUAAGUAAUCCAAAUCCACCCCAAGAGAAAAGACAUACGACAAGCAUCCCAAACAAACAUAAUACUUAUCUAGUAAUAGACGCAUCAGACAAGUUGCCACGGAAAACUAUACAAACUGAUAAAAACUUACAAAACAUUGCAGCAUCGCUUGCAUUUCCCGACUUAGCGAGUCGAAAACAUAAAACUAAAAUCCAAACAGGCAUGGAACGCUAUGUCAAUAUUAAACGAAAACUUAGUUCUCAAAAAGGCAACUUAAGAGGUGCUAAAAUAAUCAAAAUUAACAAAGAUAGUGCACCCACAAAUAUGUUUUCUGGUAAUAGAUUUGCUAAACUAGCUGAAUCUACAGAGGAAGCUAAUCAGCCUACUACCAAAAAGUUUAAGCACCCUCCAAUUAACCUGCGUGAACACAGUUCAAAUACCCUUGUCACACUCCUAGCAAGUCCGAUUGGUAGCAAUACUUUUCAUAUUGUUCCUUUAACCAGAGGAAAUAUACACGAAACUAAGACACAAAUUGACACCGAAAAUAGUUUCAGAGUCAUCACACUACACAUACCAACUGAAGAGUAG